UCUCUUGGGAGGCGAGGUGUGGGGAAUAUCAUCUCCUGGUCACCUCUUUCUUGGGUGCUUCUCUCAUCUCCACUUUUCUCCCACUAUGACCACCACGACCACCUUCAAGGGGAUGGACCCCAGUGGCCAGAGCAGCUCCAGAGUUUUUUGCCCUCCAGGUGGUGGUUCCAAUUUCUCUUUGGGAUUUGAUGAACCAAAAGACCAACCAGUGCGAAAUAACAGGCUGGCAUCCAAUAUCUUUGGGACUGCAGAAGAGAAUCCACCUUCCUAGGAGUCAACAGCAGCCAAGUCCAGUGAUGUCAGUGAAAGUUCUGAAGCACCUGGAUCCCAAAGAAGAAAAUCUUCUGAUGCAAACUGUGGAGACUAUGUAGAUCCAAAGUGCGGAGAAGUCAAGGUUCCUGAAAACACCGAGGCUGAAAUAGAAACUGCUUCAGGCCUGGGUGAAGAAAAGCCCCUGCCGGCUGCACCUGUUCCUAGCCCAGUAGCCCCUGCACCUUAUGGGAGAAAUCCACCUGGUGGGAAGUCCAGCCUAGACCUUGGCUAA